AUGGCGCGGGAGCGGCGGGAGAUAAAGCGAAUAGAGAGCAGCGCGGCGCGGCAGGUCACCUUCUCCAAGCGCCGCCGCGGGCUCUUCAAGAAGGCCGAGGAGCUCUCCGUGCUCUGCGACGCCGACGUCGCGCUCAUCGUCUUCUCCUCCACCGGCAAGCUCUCCCAGUUCGCCAGCUCCAGUAUGAAUGAGAUCAUCGACAAGUACAGCACACAUUCUAAGAACCUGGGAAAAGCAGACAAGCCAUCUCUUGACUUGAAUCUAGAGCAUAGCAAAUAUGCAAAUUUGAAUGAUCAACUUGCUGAAGCUAGUCUUCGACUCAGACAGAUGAGAGGUGAGGAGCUCGAUGGCUUGAGUGUUGAAGAACUCCAGCAAUUGGAGAAGAAGCUUGAAACUGGUCUGCACAGGGUCCUUCAAACAAAAGAUCAACAAUUCUUGGAACAGAUCAAUGAACUCCAGAGAAAGAGUUCACAGCUGGCAGAGGAGAACAUGCAACUGAGGAAUCAAGUAUCACAGAUACCUACAGCCGGCAAGUUAGUGGUUGCUGAUACCGAAAAUGUUAUUGCUGAAGAUGGACAGUCCUCUGAUUCUGUGAUGACUGCAUUGCACUCUGGAAGCUCACAGGAUAAUGAUGACGGUUCGGAUGUAUCCCUGAAAUUAGCGUUGCCUUGCGUUCCAUGGAAGAAGUAA